AUGGAUGGCACUUUGAUUGAAUCUACACCCGCCGUCGAGGCUACUUGGGCCCAAUUUGCGCAAGAUUAUCCUUUCAUUGACUUAAACUACGUACUCAGGCACUCGCACGGUGUACGCACCCACGAGAACAUGAUUCGCUUUUGCAAGCUCCAGAAUCCAGACACCAUUGCGUCUGAAGCUAAGCGCUUCGAAGAGACUAUCCUUGCAUGUGCAAAACACAGACAGGAGCAGGGCCUGAAGGGGUUAGUUGUUCUGCCAGGAGUUAACACCCUUCUAGAGCAGCUCAAUGCCAACCACCACAACUGGACUAUUGUCACUUCCGCUACAAGAGUCUACGCGAACGCCGCUCUCCAAAUAUCCAACAUCCGCCAGCCAGAAACGUUUAUUACUUCAGAAAAUGUCUUGCGCGGGAAGCCUGACCCUGCACCAUUCUUGGAAGGCGCAAAAGUUAUUCAUCAGAAUCCACGCGACUGUCUCGUCCUAGAGGAUGCUCCUUCGGGUAUUCAAGCGGCUAAAGCUGCCGGUGCACUUGUCAUAGCACUACUGACAUCAUACCCUAUUGAGACUAUAAAAAAUGCGCACCCAGACUUUAUUGUUAAAGAUUUGAGCAGUGUCUCUGCCAAGUGGUUAGACGAUCACUAUGAAAUUAAUGUGGAUAUAGUCGAAUUGUAG